UCGAAAUAUGAAGAAAAAGGAUAUCGAAAAGCCUUUGCUCGAUAAAAAGAGCCAAGGUAAAGAAGAUAUUUCAGAGGAUAUUGAAAAUCAGAAAACCAAGAUUGAUAAAGAACAAAAGAAAGAGAGAGGUUCCACAAAGAACAAAUGGGGUUCUGGCCAAGAUAUUAAGGAUUAUGGACUCUGGUAUUGCUUCAGCUAUACACUCCCUAUCAUUUGGAAAGGUGACUGGGUAGUCAAGAUCCAAGUUAUUGUUACCUUCCUUUUAACUUUGGCAGCUAAGUUCCUAGCUGUUGUGCACCCAAUUAUUCUUAAAUAUAUCAUUGACGCUAUGUCACUAGGUGAAGAAGCUUAUUAUUUGAUUAUUAUGUACAUUGUUGUAAGAUUCGCAGCUGAAGUUUGCCAGCUCAGUAGAGAGAUCUCAUUUGCUUCAGUGUCAGCCUCUGCUGAAAUUUACAUGGCUAGCAAGGUCUACAAUCAUGUACAAAAUCAGAGUUUGAACUUCCAUUUGUCCAGAGAAACCGGAAAAAUUAUUAGGAUUUGUUCAAAAGGAUCUCAGUCAUUCGCCUCUAUCUUAAGAUACAGUGUGUUCUUAAUAGGACCACUGUUUCUCGAGAUUACUCUUGUGGUAAUCUCAUGUGCAUUCGUAUUCCCAUUCUACUUUUUCCUCCUUGUCAUAUUGUGUGUCGUCUCAUAUAUUUUGGAUACAUACUUUGUUACAGAGUGGAGAGCAAAGUACUUCAGAAGAUUGAACAUCAAGGAUAAUGCUUAUGUACAGAAGGCCACAGACUCCCUUUUAAACUUUGAAACCGUCAAAUACUUUAAUGCUGAGGAGCAUGAAGCUCAGAGAUAUAUGGGAGCCCUUCAAGAGUACAAGAUCGAGAAUGUGUCAACCACCAACUCAAUGGUGGUCCUGAACAUCUCUCAGAGUUUCUUCCUCUUCCUUGGGCUUCUGCUGAAUUUGAGUCUUGCUGCAUACAUGGUAGAUACAGGAGUCUUCAAAGUUGGAGAUUUUGUGUUGCUGAACACCUAUAUCUUACAGGUAUAUGCUCCUUUGUUCUACCUAGGAAAUUUCUUGAGAUGGAUCAAGCAAGCCAUGAUCGAUAUUGAGCAGAUCUUUGAGAUUCUCGAGAUUGAUGACACUAUCAAAGAAGAUCCACACCCUCAAAGAGCAAUCAAAGGUGACGGAAGAAUUGAGUUCAAGAAUGUAUCAUUUGCUUAUGAGAAGGACACUGAAAGAAUGAUUAUCGAUAAUCUUAGCUUUACUGUAGAGCCUGGAAAGUCAGUUGCCCUAGUAGGAGCCACUGGUGCUGGAAAAUCCACUAUUAUGAGACUUUUGUACAGAUUCUAUGAGACAAGAGAAGGCCAAAUCCUCAUAGAUGGCCAGGAUAUUAGAAGACUUACUGUCUAUGAACUGAGACAGAAAAUAGGUAUUGUUCCCCAGGACACAGUUCUUUUUAAUGACACUCUAAAGUAUAACCUUGCUUAUGGAGGAGUGAGUGAUCCUAAGUUCAAGCAAUUGAUGGAAGAUCCUGACAGAGAAGAAGAAUUGCUCAUCAAACUUCGUGACGUUGCAAAUAAAGCACAAAUCUUAGAUUUCAUUCGAGGAAAGGAAAAACAGUUCGAAGAAGUCGUAGGUGAAAGAGGACUUAAGCUAUCUGGAGGAGAGAAGCAAAGAGUUGCCAUAGCUAGAGCCUUACUAAAGAAGACACCGAUCAUGCUUUUUGAUGAAGCCACAUCUGCUCUCGAUACUGUUACUGAGAAGGAAAUCCAGGGAGCUAUUAAUGAUGCUUCUAAGGGCGUAACCUCCUUGAUGAUUGCUCACAGACUUUCUACUAUUAAGAAAUGUGAUAACAUUAUCGUUCUCAAGAACGGUGUUAUUUGUGAGCAAGGCAAUCAUAACACCCUCCUGGCAAAGGAAGGUGAAUACAAGACCUUGUGGGAUAAGCAGACCCAGAAGGAAAAGAUCGAAAAGGAAGAAAAGGAGGACAUCAAGAGAAGAGAAGAAGAGAGAGCUGAGAUCCUCCAAAAUAGAGCCUCUUUGAGAAAGAAGAAGAGCUCUAUGAACUUCAUCAACGCCCAGAAAAAGAAUCAAUCUGCUAUCUAA